ACUGCCUAUUUAAGCGUGUUAGCAGAGUUAGAGUUCUACAUCUGCUUAUUACCUUGGAAGCAGCAGCUCCUUCUCCUGUCUUUUUGGCUAAAUAAAUAUGGCUCUAGACGUCCAGAAGGCCGUGUUGAGCAUCUCUAAAGCAGAAGAUGUCCGACAAGAAACCACUCUUCUUAUGAAGCCCUUUGCCAACUGGGAAGAGUUCCUGAUGCCAGGCCCCCUCUCCAUCGCCAUUCUUGGAGAGCUGGUGUUCAUUUCUUCAAGAGAUGACUUCUCCAUCAACAAGAAUGCACCCAAGGAUGGCUUCAAAUAUAUUCGUUAUCCAGAGUCCUUCCGUGCUUGUCUUAUGCAGGUGACAAAUAAUGGAUGGGGGGCCUUUAAUGAAGCUCACAAGAACAUGGACAAGAUCAGACUUCACUCUGCCAAUGUACCAAACUACAUGAAAAUGGCUGUGAAGACCCUCCUCCAGGACAACAUUGACCUUGUUAAAUCUCUUCUUCCAGGUCAACUGAAAAAUAUCCGUGAUGUAGCCUUUGAGUGCACAACUUUGGCAGAGUCAACUGAGAAGAUGUUCACAGGGGUCAUUCUGCUCAUUCAGGAACUGCUGGAAGCCUGCAUGAAUGCAAAGCAGUGGUAUGAAGAAGAUCUCAAGACCAUCAAGUUAAAAUUGGAGGAAGCUAAGAUGAAAAAGGAGUCUACUGAACUGGCCAAAAAGUUGUCACAAGAGAACAUGACCCGCAUGACAAAACAGCUGGAUGAGGCUCAUGACAUGUUUAAGAAGUCCAUGGAUUCUGUGCCCUCUGGCUGGGAAAUGAUUGGGAUGAACUUUGUGGAAGGCAUCACAGAUUCAGUGAAUAGUUUGAUUUCUGGCUAUGUUGCAAUGUACACAGCCCCUAGUAAAAUUGUUGGUGGAAUAAAGGGUGCAAUAGGCUCGGCGAUCCAGCCUGGUAAAAGUACCAACCCUGCAGCUGUCAACAAUGCUUAUUCUAAAUCGGCACAGCUGCUAAAACUCUCCCAGCAAAUCCAGGUGUUUGUGGAAAAAGAUCAAAUCAAAUGGAAUGAUCUCUAUGAUGAUAAAUCUCAAUCUGUGAAGUCUGACUGGCAGAAGAAGCAAUUUGAAGAUAUUGAGAAGAGUAUGAAAGCUGAAGAGGAAUCCAAACCAAAAGAGAAAGUCCUGGAGAUCUGUAAAGCUGCUCUCUCAAUUUGUAAUUUAUUUACAAAAUAUGCACCCAAAAAAGAGUGCCCUGAGGAAGAAAAGAAGAAACUUCUGGCCCAGAUAAGCAGUCUGAAAGAUAGUUGUGAGAUGUUUGACUCGGAGAGUAAGGCAUUCACCAAUUCUUCUGCUUUUUCUGCUACUCCACCAAAGAUGGCUCAGCAAAGCAGUGGUGAAAAGAAAAGUGCAGGUCAAAUGGCCACGGAGAAUGCUCGGUUCAAAAUCGAACAAAGCAGAGCCCAGCUUCAGCAGGUACAGGACAUGUACCAGAAGAGUGUAGACAACCUGGAGAAGAAUAACAAGGAGCUGGUAGAGAUUCUUACCACAAUGCAGUCCUGCAAAGUAAAAGAAAUUGAUUUCAAUACUGCAGUGAAGAUGCUGAUCAAGGGCCUUGAUGCCAUGGGCCGUGUGAAGGAGCAGUGGGAGAAAAUGGUUCGCUUCUUCCAGAUGAUCUCUAACCUGAUCAGUACUUGCCUCAACACCUCUUUGAAGCAGUUUGUCAAUACGGCUGAUUCAGUCCACUCUAUAAAAGGCUACUCCUCCAAUGCUUUUGUAACUGACAUGAUUUACACCCAGGCUUUCCAGGCCUCCAACAUUGCCAAUCUGGUCCACAUGAUUGCUGAAACUUACACUGAGGUCUCCAACAUGUAUCUAAUGGAUAAGAUCAGUAGCCUUGGAAAGCUCAUGGGACUGGAUCCAAGUAAUCCUCAGUUUGAAUCGGAACGUGGAAAGCUGGCCAGUGACUGCGAAUCUGCCAAGGAUGGCAUCCGAAGCCUUGUGCUGAAGAACAAGGAGGAAUUUGAAAGCAGUGUGAAUUCACGAGUGCAGAAGAUUGAAAGUGGGUUGAAGUCAGUGCUGCCUCCCAUUUCUGAUACGGAGGAAAAAAAGAUUCAGUCCAACAUCUCUACUGGAAUAAAGAAUAUGACCCUGGAAGAGGAGAAUCAAUUUGCUUAAUUCUGUUAGUCCGGAGAGGCACACAAUCUCUUCUGGGGGGAAAAAAAGCAUUGCUCAGUUUUUGGUCUUUCAUGAAACUACAUAGCAUUCUGAAGAGAACUUGAGACCUUGAAAUUGGGAUCAAGA